UGAUCCGUAACAGAGUGACAGACUUGGAUGCUCGGAUGAAUGACGGAACGACCCCGUUAAUUCUAGCUGCGCGUCUGGCUGUGGAAGGAAUGGUGGCCGAGCUAAUUAAUUGCCAGGCAGAUGUGAACGCUGUAGAUGACCAUGGCAAAUCUGCUCUUCACUGGGCUGCUGCUGUUAAUAAUGUGGAAGCAACACUGGUGCUACUGAAAAAUGGAGCCAACAGAGACAUGCAGGAUAACAAGGAAGAGACACCACUCUUCCUUGCCGCUCGGGAAGGCAGUUUCGAAGCAGCGAAAAUCUUGUUGGACCAUUUUGCCAAUCGAGACAUCACGGACCACAUGGACCGCCUGCCCCGAGAUGUGGCCCAGGAUCGGAUGCACCACGACAUCGUGCAGCUCCUCAACGAGUACAACGUGGCGCACAGCCCCGCUGGGCACCCUGGCGCCAUGCUCAACUCUGCCCUCUCCCCAGUCAUCUGUGGCCCAAAUCGGUCCUUCCUCAAUCUGAAGCAUGCUUCGUUAAGCAAGAAGUCACGAAAACCGAACACCAAAGGCAUCAUGCCCACGAACCUCACCAAAGAUGCAAAGAGGAGAAGGAAGAAGUCCCUCAGUGAGAGCAAAGGGCAGUUUUCGGAGAGCUCAGUGACCUUGUCACCGGUUGAUUCCCUGGAAUCACCCCACGCUUUCGCAUCCGAACCAACGUCGUCUCCUGUGAUGCCGUCGCCAGGCGUGUUACACUCAUCGCCCAGCUCGCUGCUGACCGCUCCGUCGGUGCAGGCUGCGCACACCAUGUCCUUCUCCAACCUCCACGAGAUGCAGCCCUUAGGUCGUGGGUCCAGCACGGUGCUCCCAUCAGUCAGCCAGCUGCUUUCGCAGCACAGAACCACCCCCCCGAACAGUGGGCUUGCCAGGCUGCGACCGGCCAACGUUUCCACCGAGUGGAUGAACCGCAUGGAGGUGAACGAGUCCCAGUACAACGAGAUGUUCAGCAUGGUGCCGCAGGUGAUGCAUUCGCACCCCAGCGUUUCUCAGCAGAGCGGUUUGGUCCAAGCAGAUACAAAGCACAUGGGAGUGUCCCGGGAGUCUCUGCCCCCUAUCAUGACUUUCCAGCUGGUUCCCAAGGGUGGCAUAAACCAGCAAGCACUGCCACAGCAGGCCCAGUCAAACUGCGCUCAGAACAUGGCUGGUCCUCUUAGCUCCAUGUACCAGAUACCGGAUUUAGCUCAGCUGCCCAGCGCCUCGUUCUCCAUGGCCGCCAUCCCUCAGCAGGACGGGCAGGUGGCUCAGACAGUCCUGCCAGCCUACCACCAGUUCCAGAGCUCGAUGGGGAAGUACCCCACGCCUCCAUCACAGCACAGCUGCUACUCCUCCGCCACAGAACGGACUCCUAGCCACAACCGGCACUUACAAGGGGAGCACCCGUACCUGACUCCGUCACCCGAAUCUCCAGACCAGUGGUCAAGCUCCUCCCCACACUCUGCCUCCGACUGGUCUGAUGUGGCAACCAGUCCCAGUAACAACCAGCGUGGGCCAGCGGCCACUCAUAUGACGGAGCAGCAGCGGAACAACAUGCAGGUGUACGCCUGAAAGCUGGCCAAGGUGAAGCCCGAUUAAAGCGGACUCCAGAACUCAUGAAGGUCUUCCAAGACGAAAAUGAAGAACCGUUUUAGAAUCCAAGAGUCUUAAUGAGCCCAGGCUGUUCUUUCCUUGGAGGGACUGUGGUCGCUAUAGGCUUGUACGCUUUUAUGCUCAACAGAGAACUGUAGAAGCUGGUGAUGGAGAAGACCAGCUGGGUCACUUCUAACCAACUCCCGUGCACCUUGGGUGUGAUUGCUGUCUGCACUGGAUUCUCCAGUCUGUUUUUCAGUACGUUCCACCGUUUCUUUGGGGAGACAGCUCUUCAGCUUAAUGCAUCUCCUGGUCAUUUCUCCAGAAAUUUAGCCAAAACCAGCUUUGUAUCCUUAUUUUGUUACUCCUUUUGUUAUCCACAUAACCUCUCUCUGAAGCACCUUCUA